AUGGCCCUAACAAAGCAAGCUUUAUCAGUCUUAUUGGACGAAGAAAAUCCGAAAAUCAGCAACUUUAUCGGCAACCAAUUUGUUGCUCCAGUUGCUGGCGACUACUUGGAUAGUGAAGAUCCGUCGGUCGGAAAGUCUUGGCUAAAAGUGCCAAACUCAAACAGCAUUGAUAUUGAGAAUGCUGUUAAUGUGGCUCACAAGGCUUUUGAAAGGUGGGGGUGGUAAAAAUUAUUUUUUUUUUAUUUUUAAAAAGUUUAAAUUUUAAAAAAAUUUUAGAAAUUUUGAAAAAAUUUAAAAAUUUUGUUACUUAAAAUAAUAAAAAUUUUGUAAAAUACGAACUGACUAUUUAUAUCGUCAUAUUUAGUUGGUCAACAACUUCAGUGGAGUAUCGUGCUGAGCUCCUGAACAAAGUAGCUGACAUUGUGUCAAAACAUAUUGAAGAGUUUGCUAGAAUCGAGUCCAGAGAUCAAGGCAAACCCAUCAGUUUGGCUAGGUAGGGCUAGGUUUUAAAAAUUUUUUUUAAAUUUAAAUUUGGGUUUGGACUUGAUUGAAACAGUAGUGUACAUUAAGUGCCGACAUAAAGAACCCGCCAUACUUUACCUGUAAUUUCCUGUAAAAAAUGGCGGGUUCUUUAUGCCGGCACCUAAUAGAAGUAAAAAAGUAAGACUUACUGUAGGAUCAGGUGAAACUUUAAUCAACGAUUUUUUUUUACUAACAUUGUAAGGUAGAGCAGGGUUAGCCUAAAAGUAAAUGUACAGUUACUGUUGGUCUGCGUUUAGUUACAGUAUGUUUUGUUACAGUAGGGCGGAUUGAAGUAAAGUAAAGGGGAAUAGGAUAGGACAGAGAGGUGUAGGGUAGGAUGAGUUUUGUCCAUGAGUAGAUACGAGUACUGUAGGCCUAUGUUAGGUUACUGAAGCGUGAAUGGAAAUUAUAGUAGGGCUUACGGUACUUUAAGGUUGAAAGUACUAUAAGGCUUACAAUACGGUAAAACUUACGGUACGGCAAGGCUUAGAAUAGGAUAGGAGAUAGAGUAGGGUAGGGUAGGGUAGGGUAGGGUAGGGUAGGGUAGGGUAGGGUAGAGUAGGGUAGGGUACGGUAGGGUAGGGUAGGGUAGGGUAGGGUAUGGUAUGGUAUGGUAGGGUAGGGUAGGGUAGGGUAGGGUAGGGUAGGGUAGGGUAGGGUAAGGUAGGGUAGGGUAGGGUAGGGUAGGGUAGGGUAGGGUAGGGUAGGGUAGGGUAGGGUAGGGUAGGGUAGGGUAGGGUAGGGUAGGGUAGGGUAGGGUAGGGUAGGGUAGGGUAGGGUAGGGUAGGGUAGGGUAGGGUGGGUAGGGUAGGGUAGGGUAUUGUAGGAUAGCGUAGGGUAGGGUAGAAUAUGUCUCAUGAAUAUGACCUAAAUCAAUUUUUUUAUUUUCAGAAUGAUAGACAUUCCUCGAGUGGUGAAAAACUUUCGUUCCUUUGCUGCAGCUGCUCAGAGUCAUACUAAUCCGUAAGUGUUUUGGUUACUUUACAGUUUAAAACUUGUUUAUGUACUAGAAUAUGGUCUUUUUAAUAUUAUUGUACAGUAAUACUUAUUUUUAUUUUAAAAAUUUUUGAUUUUUUUUUGAAAAAUUUGAAUUUUUUUUUGGGGAAUUGUUUUCUUUAUACCUGAUGAUCUACCCCUCUUCAGAAGCCGCCUAAUGCAAGAACCAUACACAGCCUUGAGUUAUGUCAAAAAUGAUCCAGUGGGAGUGGCAGCCUUGAUUUGUCCUUGGAAUUUGCCACUUUAUUUGGUAUGACAUUCUUUUAUCGACCUUUAAAAAAAUUUAAUUAAAAUUUUAAAAAAUGAAUUCUUAAAGUACGGCAGUUACAGCAAUACCGACAUGUUGCCCAAACUUUUUUAAUAAAAAAUUUUCAGCUGAGUUUCAAGCUAGCCCCAGCUCUAGCCUGUGGCAAUACGGUCGUUUGCAAGCCUAGCGAGAUGACUUCAGCUACGGCGUGGGUUUUGAUGCAUACGUUUAUUGAUGCUGGAUUCCCAGCUGGCGUGGUUAAUAUGGUGAUUGGCACUGGACCAAAAAUUGGAGACGCUCUGGUUCUUCAUGAAAAGGUAGGUUAAUUAAAUCUAAGUCGACAACGUUUAAGCCUACUAAGAUUAAGACUAAAAAGUUUAAAACUACUAAACCUAAGUCUAAUAUGCCUAAGUCUCCUAAGCCUAAACUUACUAAGUCUAAGCCUACUAGGCCUAAGCCUACUAAGCCUAAGUCUACUAAGCAUAAGCUUUUUAAGGUUAAGCCAACUAAGCCUAAGCUUACUAAGCCUAAGCCUACUAAGCCUAAACCUACUAAGCCUAAACCUACUAAGGCUAAGCCUAAUAAGCCUAAGCCUACUAAUCCUAGGUCUAUUUAACCUAAGCCUGAUAAGUCUAAGCUUAAACAUGCUAAACUUAAGCCUACCUAACAAAAUUUGUAAGUCUAAUAAGCUUAAGCUUACCUAAGCCUGCUAAGUCUUAUAAGUCUAAGCCUACUAAAUCUAAUCCUAUAAAGUCUAGGCUUACUAAGCCUGAGCCUACUAAACCUAACUCUACUAACCCUAUUAAAUCUUAAGCCUAUGUCUACGAAGCAUAAGUCUACUAAUCCUAAGCCUACUAAGUCUAACGUCUACUACAAUAUCUUUCCAGGUCCCCCUGAUCUCAUUUACUGGCUCAACUCUGGUCGGUAAGAGUAUAGCCACCAAAACAGCUCCAAUGAACAAGAAAGUGUCACUCGAAAUGGGCGGUAAGAACGCGGCUGUGGUGUUUGCUGAUGCUGAUUUGGAGAAAGUGUUGCCGGUAUUAGUCAAGUCAUGUUUUGCCAAUCAAGGGGAGAUUUGUUUGUGCACAAGCCGGCUUUUUGUGCAACGGUCCGUGUACGACUCGUUUAUGGAACAGUUCAUUGCUCAGGCUUCGAAGGUGGGUUUGGUUGGGAUUUAGUACUAUUGUUACUGUUUUUUAGGAACAGUACUAUUUUUGGUACUAUAAUUGGCGCUAGAUGUAAAAAUAGUACGUUAUCUAGUACUACAUUUGGGACUAGAUAUAAAAAUAGUAUCUUAUUUUGUACUACAUUUUGUACUAAUUUUUAAAAACAGUACCGUAUUUAGUACUAUAUUCGGAACUAGAUUGUAAAGACAGUACUAUUUUUGAUACUAAGUUCAGUACGAGAUAUGAAAAAUAGCACUAUAUCUAGUACUAUUAUAGCUGUUAUACAAAAUUUUAAAAGAGUACCAAACGUAGUACUAUACUUCGGAAUAUAGUAAUGAUUUUGGUACUAAAAUUACCAAAAAAUUACAAUUUUAGUACUAUUUUUCGGUACUGGGUUGUAAAAAAUAGUACUAUUUAGAGUGUCUAAUUUAGUAUUUGUUGAAGAAAUAGUAUUAAUUUUUAGUACCAAAACUAAUGCACAGUUGUAUAAGUAGUACCAACGUUUUUAGGAGGCGUUAAUAACCGUAUUUUACAAAAAUUUUCAUUUUUUAGCUAAAAGUUGGAAACCCAAAAGAUUGUGUCAUUGAUUUGGGAGCACUGGUCAGUAAACCACAUUAUGAUAAAGUGGCAUCUUACAUUUCAUUGGUUGAACAAGACGGAUUGGCUGUACAUUGUGGAGGGCCGGUGAGGCUGCAAGGCCCUUUAAGUACUGUAAGUUAGCUUUAAUUUCUCUUCAAAUCGUGACCUACUUUAUCAUAAGUCUUACCGUACCCUAGGUCCCACCGUACCUUAGACCCUACUUUACCUUAGGCCCUACCGUACCUUAGGCUCUACCGUACCCUAUGCGACCCUGCCUUACUCUACCCUACCUAACUUUAACCUACCCCCUCCCACAUUAUCCUAAGCUUAUUGUAACUUAUACCCCAUCGUUCAUAAGAUCUCUAGUACAGUGAAACUUUUUCCAGGGCUACUACGUAGCGCCUACGGUAAUCUCCGGUGCCUCGGACGAGUCUCGUUUAAUGAAGGAAGAAAUUUUCGGACCGGUCGUAUGUGUGUCAGCCUUUGACACCGCCGAUGAAGUUGUAAAGCGAGUGAAUUCAAGUGAAUACGGUCUUUCCGCUACUGUAUGGAGUCAGUCCGUUGAUAACUUGACUACCGUAGCUAACCGACUACGUGUUGGUACUGUGUGGUGCAAUUGCUGGCUGGUACGAGACCUGGCUAUGCCAUUUGGAGGUACGAAACAGUCUGGCCAAGGAAGGGAGGGCACUGAGGAUUCACUUCAUUUUUAUACUGAACAAAAAACUGUCUGUAUUAAGUUACAGUAA